AUGAUUCGGACAAAAUCCGCUCGGACGCGGCUCCGCCAUCGGCUCGGACACAGCCCCGACGGUGUAUCUGCACGCGGACACAAUUCCGACGGUGUUACACCCGCUGCCUGCUGCGGCAAUCUACCAAGUAAACUGCUGUCGCAAUUAUUGAUCAAUGUGUUCCAUCCCAGCAAAAAAACUGUUCCUGGUACGCCAAAUUUGCUCUCUUCCGAGGCAACCACUCACACAAUGACGCGCCCAAGUACGCUCAGAAUUGGCAACAUCUCCGCCGCAACAGGCGACAGCGCUACCUCUAUGGAGCGAAUGAUCAAAUACGGCAAUGUGGACUUCAUCACCGGCGACUGGCUCUCUGAGAUGAACAUUGCAUGGAAUGCCAUCGUCAAGCAGCAAAAUCCAGGUGCAGGCUACGAAAAGGGGUUUCUCGACCAGCUCACAUCGAACCUUGAUGAGAUUGUCGCCAGAGGCAUCAAAGUUGUCACAAAUGCCGGUGCCCUCAACACCACUGCUCUUACGCGACACGUGCGUGAGCUGUGCAAGAGUCGCGGCCAUGACGACGUUCGGGUCGCUGCGGUCCUGGGAGACGACGUCUCAUACAUGAUUCACGACCCGGAAGACGGCCUGGACUAUACCCAUCUGGACCACGAGACUCGGAAGCUGGCCGACUGGGACCUCCAGCCCUUCUGUGGCGCCGCUUACAUCGGGUGCAAGGGCAUCGUCGCGGCGCUGGACUCGGGAGCGCAGAUCGUGAUAUGCGGGCGCUGCACCGACGCGUCGCCCGUCAUGGGUGCUGCCGCCUGGUACUUCAACUGGGCAGAGGACGACUACGACGCCUGGGCCGGCUCGCUGCUCGCCGGCCACCUGAUCGAGUGCGGCGCCUACGUCUGCGGCGCAAACUUUUCCGGCUUCAAGGACUUCAUGGGCGAGCUGGUCGAUCUCGGCUUCCCGAUUGCCGAGAUUGACGAACGCGGACGGUGCGUCAUCACAUCGACGUCUGCAGGCGGUGGGCGGGUGACUGAGGACACGGUUCGGGCUCAGAUCCUAUACGAGCUCCAAGGCCACCUGUACUUGAAUCCUGACGUCGUGGCUGAUCUGGCACAUGUCCAAGUCAAGGCAGAACCGGGGUCGCCGGGCAGAAUCAGAGUUUCGGGCGCUAUCGGUCUGCCUCCACCAGCGACGACCAAGGCAAUGUUCGCGGCCCCUGGAGGUUAUCAGGCCGAGGCAACGUUCUACAUCAAUGGUCUGGAUAUAGAAGCCAAGGAAGCGAUGCUGCGCCGACAGCUGGAUCACAUUUUCAAGGACAGCAAGUUUUGCAAGCUCAGCAUCGAGCGAUACGGCAGCAAGACGGCCGAUCCAGAGAGCCAGCAAGCAGGAACGGUUUUCCUCCGCAUCUUCGCGCAGGCGAGAAACCUCGAGGACAUCAGCUCCCGAAAGUUCAAGGACCCCAUCUAUGCAUUGCGCUUGCAGAGCUAUCCAGGGUACCACAUGAACCUCGACUUCCGGACGAUGGAUCCCAAGCCGUUCAUGGAAAUAUUCCCGACUGUGAUUCCUCGGAACAAGAUCAAGAACCAGGUCGAAAUUUCUCCGGGACAGGUGAUUGACAUACCUCCUGUAAAGGUCACGGCAACCUACCCCGUGGAACGCCCGUCGUACGAGACUGUAAACCCUGUCGAUCUCCUGAGCUUCGGGCCGACCCGGAGUGCACCUCUGGGCCAUGUCGUGCACGCAAGAUCUGGCGAUAAAGCGGACAAUUCCAACAUCGGCUUCUUCUCCCGCUCUGCAUAUGACGACGAAUACGAGUGGCUCAAAAGCUACCUGACGGUGUCUAGACUCAAGCUUUUGCUUGGUGACGAUUGGCACAGAGGUGACGUGACACGUCGUGUUGAGCGUGUUGAAUUUACAGGGGGUAUCGCCUCUUCGGACCGCAUCGAUGGACUUGUUCUUGGAGAGAGGCUUGAUCUAGAAGAGCAAGAGGUGAUGACACUUCUAGGCAAAAGAGAGCGGCACCAGGGAGCUGUUAAAUCAACAACAUAUACAUACACCACGUGGUGUAGAUUGAUUGAUAUCUUCGAAGCAAACCUGGUAGUUUUGGUCCAAGUCUGUGGCUGGGAAACUAAACAAGUCAUCUUGGGGCAGCGCGAACAAUGUGGGCUCAUUUGGUUCCGGUUGAGCUUGAGGCGAGGCUGGCCGUCUCUCGCUCUUUCCUUGCGAAGAAUUCAUGUGGAAGUCCGAGGCAUCAACGAUGACGGCAUCACAUAA